AUGUCCCAUAAGACCUCCUCUGAUUGGAUACCGGUGACGUUUGGAUGGGAGUGGAGGAUUAUAAAUUCUGGGAAAACGAUUGAUGUUUGUUCAAACAUUAUAACGUUCUGAGUCUCAGUGGAAGGCACCCUCUCCAGAAAGUCGAGUUUGUUACCUUAUUCCAGUCCUUUUUCCAAAAUGAACAGAAUUAUUCUCCAGCUUAUUGCAGUCGGAUGCUUAUUUGCAGUCGUUCAAGCGCUGACGUGCUACAAAUGCAGCCUUGGCAUAGGUACCUUUUGCAUUACCUCCAAAACUACAUGUAACAGCGGAGAACAAUGCUUCAGUGGUGUCGGGAAAGCAGCUGGAUUCGUGGAUAUCAUGACAAAGGGCUGUAUAUCAGUGGACAAGUGCAACAUGACCGAACCAACAACCUUCGGCAACCAAACAGUCUACAGCUUGACCAAGACGUGCUGCAACACAGACCUGUGCAAUGCUGCGCCCGGUCUGCCCGGGAGCUCCGCUCUGAGCUUGGCCCUCGCCACCAUAACUGCUCUGUUUGUGGUCAACGCCCUGGUUUAAAAGAAAAUACAGUGAAAGAUGGGACACACACACACACACACACACACACACACAGCAGCACUACAAAGAUUAAAUGCUCUCCCCUCAGACAUGUAGUUGGUUUUACGUAUGGGUCUUGUGGUCACUAUUCUUGAUGUGUAUUGUACUUCACACAAAUGUUAUGUUAUCAGUUUAAAUUUAAAUUCCCUCUUUUGUUUUUGUAUUUGGAUUACUGAGAAAGCUGUCCCUGUCCUCAUUUUACUUUUAAGAUAUAUUAACUUGGUAGUUAACAAUUUAAGUGUAACACAAGACAUCAAAGAUGAUACUAUUAGUCAACCAUUUGUCUAGCAUGCCCUGUAAUUUACUUUCUCUUCAUGAAAAUGUGUGAAUUAAGUUCAGAUAUACAUGAAUUACAUGGUAGGCAUUUCAUUGUGUGACUAAAUUGUUUUGUAGGUGAAUAGUGCAACUCAAAGGAAUAUUCCAACAUUUUGUAAAAUGCGCUUUUUUUUUCUUAUUCUUUUUUUUGGGGGGUUAUGGAACUACAGCCAGUAGCCCUUAGCUUAGCUUAUCAUAAGGACUGGAAACUGGAGAAAUGGCUAGCUUGGGGCAGUCUAAAGGUAAAAAUUGUGGUUACUAGCACCUCCUAAAUCGCACUGAUUAACAUCAAUAGAAGUUUGGAAAAUAUUGUUUUUCAGUCACACACACACACACACACACAUACACACACAAACACACACACGUUACUUUACUAAUGAGCUUUUAAAAGUGGUAGUGAUUUUGUUUUACAAUUGGACACAGCCAGGCCAGCAGUUUCCUGCUGUCAUUAAGUCUUUAUGCUAAGCUAACUGUCUGCUGGCGGUGGCUUCAGGUUUACUGUGUGUUCACACACACACAAAAGUGGCAUUGUUCUUCUCAGCUAACUAAGCAAGCAGAGGAAUAAUCAUACUUCACAAAAUGUUGAAACAAUUCUUUAAGUUUGAUGCUCUGACCCACUGUAUUGUCAUUUUUACAUCAGUCAUAUUUCAUAUAUAUAGACACACACACACACAUUUCUAUUCUUUUCAUUUAUUGCAACGUAUAACUUUAAUGUACAUCGCCUCUUGUCUUAUGUCAGGUAUCGGGAUGAAGCUAUAAAGAUGUGUGAAGACCGUGAUUAAAUUAAAUCAUGUUUGUAGAUAUUGAAAUGUAAUUGAAAUUGCAGCAAUUUGAGACAAUCUUUAGAUAUUGUCUAUUUAACACAAAUCUUAUUAAGUCAAAUUCCUGAAAUUGACACUUUUGGCAUUAUUUUCUAAAAAAAGAAAUGUGUAGGUGUGUCUUAAUGUUGGUAUGCAAACAAUUUAAAGAAUUCAAUAAAAAUACAAAUUGGGG